AGAAGUGCAUUGCAAACAGCAAAAGCUGAGGUAACGAGCAGCGAGUGAGUUUGAGCAACUGUAGAGCGUCAGACUUCUAGAAAGAACUGCCUGGGACACACACACCUGUUGCGCUGCAGGGACUUCACACGACUGCUUUCUGAAUUUCAUCAAAGCGAUCUGCUUACGAGUGACAAUUUAGAAAUGACGGACACUCUUUUUCCUAACAAUGUCAUGACUGACAGACCAGUGGAGAGUGGCUACUUCAAAAAGGGAUGUAAUCCAUUCGCCCAGACGGGUCGCAGUAAACUGCAGCAUGAAAGAGCACUUCUUAACCACCAAAUCAUCAAGCAGAUGAGGAUUAGAGCCGGAGCAGAGAAUCUCCUCAAGGCGACAUCCAAUAAUAAAGUUCGUGACCAGGUGUCCUUGGAGUUAAGUUAUGUCAAUGCAGAUCUGCAGCGUCUCAUGGGACAGCUGGAAGGACUCAACAGCUCUGUGGAAGUUUAUCAGAACGUACAGGAGACAUCCAGCAUCCCACUCAUCCCUUUGGGCCUCAAGGAGACAAAAGAUGUGGAUUUCUCUGUCCCGCUCAAGGACUUUAUUCUGGAACACUACAGUGAAGACGGCUCAAACUUUCAAGAUCAGAUAGAUGAUCUGAUGGACCUGAGACAGGCAUGCCGGACCCCCAGUCGCAAUGAUGCUGGUGUAGAAUUGCUUGCCAAGUACUUAAGUCAACUUUCCUUCUUGGAGACUCGGUUCUUCUCCCCUACGCGUCAGAUUGGCAUUUUCUUCACAUGGUAUGACUCUUUCACUGGCAUACCUGUAUGCCAACAAAACAUCUCUCUGGAGAAAGCCAGCGUGGUCUUCAAUAUGGCAGUUCUCUACUCACAGAUUGGCACUCGUGCCAACAGACAAACACAAGAUGGACUCGAAGACGCUAUCACUGCUUUCCAGAAAUCUGCAGGUGUGCUGCACUACCUAAAGGAGACAUUUACACACACGCCAAGCUAUGAUAUGAGUCCUGCUAUGUUAAGCAUGCUGAUUCCGAUGAUGCUGGCACAGGCGCAGGAGUGUCUGUUUGAGCACAUCACUCUGCCAGGAAUCCGAAAUGAGUUCUUCAGCCUGCUUAAAAUGGCCCAGGAGGCUGCCAAGGUGGCAGAGACCUACAGUCAAGUUUACCAGUGCAUGAUCCAGAACCCCAUUAGGAACAACGUGCCCUUCUUCUGGUCUACCAUGUGUCAGUUCAAGACCAGUCACUACAAUGCUCUUGCCCACUACUUUGUCUCCACCGCUCUGCUGGACCACCAGCUGGCCCCCAGUGAUGAUGAGGACAAACAAGAGAAGGCUCUGUCUCAACUCUAUGAUGCCAUGCCAGAUGGACGUUCCCCUCUGGACAUCCUGAAAAAUAAGGAAGAGAGGCGGAGAAUAGGUAAAGCUCAUUUGCAGCGUGCCAUCAUGGGAAACGAAGAAGCAAUCCGCACGCACGCUCUCUGUCAACCGAAACUAGACAUCAUGAAUGACAUCCUGCAAGCCAGCCACAAACGCUCUCUUGCCAAGUUUGAACAAUACGAGAAAGAAGAUGAGUUCACAGAUUAUAUGGUUGCACCAGACAUCAUCUCUAAGACCGAAAAGAAAGCAGAGAUGGAGGUCGCAGCUGCCACCAAGGUGAAAGUCGCAGACUUAUUCCAGCGGCUGGGGCCUCUGUCAGUGUUCUCAGCAAAGCAGAGAUGGACAGCUCCACGUACCAUCAGACUGAGACUACAGGACAGAGACCUUGGAUUCACUCUGAAGGGAGAGCCACCUGUUCAGAUACAGUCACUCGAUCCACUUUGUCCCGCAGCGGCGGAGGGACUGAAAGAGGGAGAUUACCUUGUAGCUGUUGGUGAUACAGAUUGUAAAUGGAUGGGAGUGAGUGAUGUUAUGAAGCUUUUAAAGGACGUGGAUGAGGAGGGCAUCAACAUCAGAGUGGUCAGCAUGAUGGACAGUAGCAGCCAACCAAUGCCCACCAAGAGUGCAACAUACUGCGGUGGUCUGCCCAAGACCUAUUCCAUGAUCUGCCUUGCACACGAUGAGGAUGAUAAAAACCCAAAGGCUCGCAAGGUGGCGAAGAAACCGUCAUUCCUUAGCUGGGGUCUGAAGAACAGGCUGAAGAGCAGCAGCACGUUAAGUCUUCCCAAUGCAGAUUACAGUGGAGGUCUGCCGUGGAACAGGCCAUGCCCUACCUUUCCUAGCUCCUAUAAUGAUAGUGCCCUCUACUAAACACACACUUCUGGAUUUGUACAUACACUGAUAGCACAAUAUAUUACACGAAAAGAAGGAAAGAGAUUACCGUGGUAAAAUAAAAUACACAUUUUGCACAGAACUAUAAACACAGAUGUAAGCUAUUUUAUUUCUUUUUUAGGUUGUCUUACCAGUAGAGGUGAAGAAUUAAGUGUUUUACAAAACACGACGUGUAUGCUGCUUAAAAUAUUUUGAUUUUAAUUUGAUUUGAUUUGAAUAGUUUGCUUUGUUUCUCUCAUAUUGAAUGGUUAAAAGGAAAAUAAGGUGCUAUCUCUUUGAGGUUUAAAACAGACAAACUCUUGUUUUAAACUAAAAUGAGGGCUUGUAGUUCAACACUUGCUUAGCUGUGGGCUGUGAGAACCUUUUUUGUUCUGCAUGCCUCAUCUUUACACUGCUUGAGGACACACCUGUCCUUUGUCUGCACUCCACAGCCUGUUGCUUACAGACAGACCACCGCAGAAGGUUUCUAUAGUGAUCUUGCAUCACUAAAAUGGAAUUCUGAUCCUGUGUCAAUCACUAGAAGAACAGAAUGUAGAAGUGGACAAUGAAUAGCUUUUGUUUUGGGAAUGUCUAUACAAACUUUAAUAUUAUUUUUGUGUAACUGAAGUAUUUACAUACACUGAAGGGAUAAACUAGAAUAGGACUUAAACGUACUGCCAAAUUUAAGCAAGGAGGAUAGAAAAUAUUACAGUGACUACAAAUGCCAUUCUUAUUUAAGCUUGUUUCAUGUGUUUUACCUAGCACUUCUGAUGUGUUGGAAUAUUUCACUGUCUACAAAGUAGAUUUUUAUACACAUUUGAUAAUCAAAUAAUUUAAAAAAUAAAGAGGAAAAAAUAUCAUGUGUAUUCAUUUUAAGUACAUAUAAAUAUUUCGUUUUUCUAUCGUUACACUGUAGCCUGAUGUAUAUAAUCGUGGGUAUAAAUCUAUGGCUACAGGUUUUACUUGGUGUACAGUUUUUUUUUAUGGUGUAGCUCAAAAGGCACAACGUUUUCUUCCCUUAUAUAUCUUACUGACAAUAUUUAACUUGAAAUUAAAUUAAAAAACAUCAACAAAGUCUCAAUGCCUUACAUCUGUAAAGCCUUAACAGAGUCUACACUAAAACAGUAUUUACUGUGGACAUACACUUUGUGCUUAUUCUUUAUGAUUGUAUCCAAACCAUUUAUGUUUUUACAAGUGCCAUGUUCGGAAUUGUAAUCACAAACACUGUUCUGUGAGGAUGUGUUUUUGUUCUACUGGUCAAUGAUUCUUCACAGGAUAAUGUACACGGUGCUUUUCUUUAAAGCUGAGCUAGAAUUAACAUCAAUGGCCUGAAUUACAACAUGACAUGAUUAUCAAUAUUGACCAAAUGUGAAACAGAUGUCAGAUUAGUCUCACAACAAUUGACCAUGUUCUGGAGUCUGUAGCUUAUGUAUGACGAAAUGUCUGGUUUAUUAUGAAUUGUAUAAUGUUGCCUGUUUUGUUGUAUAUGUAAAUCUUGAAAUAAAUGAAAUAAGGGGUCAAAACUGUGGCUGUUUUUAAUUGUGUAAGUGGACACUGGAUAUUCAGUGUGUAAUCAUCCUGACCACACUCAUUUUGGUUAAGUGCAAUAGUUAAAAGCAAGCUGUUAUGUCUUACAAAUUGUUCAAUUUUAUAAUGUAAAACUGAAUAAAC